UCAAUUUGCCUUUUCCAUUUUCCUUUCUUGAGAGAGAGAGAUCCUGCGCUAGGGCUCGAGAAUCCGUCGUGACAAUCCAAUCGAUAGGUGAAAAAUCUCCAUUCAUCGAAGAUGCUGAGGGUAGCGGGGCGGAGGCUUUCUUCUCUCUCAUGGCGGUCGGCUCAGGCUCCUUCCGCCGCAUUCACCUCUAGAAACCCGUUCGUUGGCGGCGAUUCAUCGUCUGAUGAACGCACUUCUUCACCCGUUCGAUCAAUUUCUGUUUUCGAUCAGAUCAGAGGGUUCUCUGCUGGUGCCCUUGCAGCUGGGCAAGACUCAGGCCUGGUUCCAGAAGUCCCAGCUACCGUGGCGGCCAUCAAGAAUCCCAGCUCAAAGAUUGUCUACGAUGAGCACAACCACGAGCGAUACCCGCCAGGUGAUCCUAGCAAACGUGCGUUCGCAUACUUUGUUUUGACUGGAGGCAGGUUUGUAUACGCAUCACUAGCUCGUCUCCUUGUGCUCAAAUUCGUUCUGAGCAUGUCUGCCAGUAAAGAUGUCCUUGCUCUCGCUUCCCUCGAGGUGGAUCUGUCUAGCAUUGAACCUGGGACCACCGUCACAGUGAAGUGGCGCGGGAAGCCCGUCUUCAUCAGGCGCCGAACUGAAGAAGACAUCAAGCUGGCAAACAGUGUCGACGUUGCCUCCCUCCGUGACCCACAGGAGGAUGCUGUGAGGGUCAAGAAUCCGGAAUGGCUUGUGGUUAUCGGGGUUUGCACCCAUCUGGGGUGCAUCCCCUUGCCGAAUGCUGGUGAUUACGGGGGUUGGUUUUGCCCAUGCCACGGAUCCCAUUACGACAUCUCUGGUCGGAUUCGCAAAGGGCCUGCGCCGUUCAACCUUGAGGUCCCCACUUACACCUUUUUAGAUGAGAACAAGUUGAUGGUUGGGUGAGAGAGAAGUUGCUCUUGAACUUGAUAUGGUAAAUCCAUUAUGGUGACGAAUAAUUUUAUACUGAUUUGUAUUAGUUAGUUUUGGUAUUUCAAGGAUUGUUUAAAUAUUCAUUUGACUUGAUUUUGAUAGGCAUAUGCAGUCCUGAAAGUGCACUGCUGUUUUGAAUAAUGCUGCCUACUUAUCUUCCUAUUCUCCUUUAAAAGAUUUUGUAUUGAGAUUCAUAUUUGAUAUUGGGAGUUUUUAUUAUGCUGAUU